AUGUGUGGAGCCGCCUUUAGGCGAACUCCAAAAAUUGCAGGUUGCAUGGAUCAUAAUCCCCACUCUAGUCUUUCGGGUCCGAAGUUACAAAAAUUUCGAAAUUUGCAAUUGUAUGGAAAAUUUCAAAAAAUGUUUCUUUUGAUAUUCACGGUUUUAAUUUUAUAUGUGGUUUACUCGUGGCUCAAAAUAAGACCUGCAAAUUUUCCUCCAGGACCUCCUACUGUGCCUAUUCUAGGAGCACUUCCUUUUAUGCCCAAAGAAAAUGUCCAUUAUGCAAUGGAAAAAUGGCGCAAACAAUAUGGCGGUGUGGUAGGUCUUGUUCUUGGAACUAAACUAAGUUGUGCUGUGGUUGAAACCAAAGUAGCCAAAGAAGUACUGAAGCGUGAUGAAUUCCAAGCAAGGCCAAUUAGUAAAUUUAUCACUGAACGUUCCUUUGACAGAAGAAUUGGUAUUAUUUUUGCUGAUGGUGAGGAGUGGCAAGAACAGCGGCGUUUUGCUGUUCACCAGUUGAAAGAUUUUGGUCUAGGAAAAUCUAGUAUGGAGGGAAUUAUAAUGGAAGAAGUAACUGAACUUCUGGAAGAAAUCAAAGAUAAAACAUUACAGGUCAGCGGUUUGUUUAAUAUAUCAACAGUGAAUGUUCUUUGGGGCAUAAUUGCUGGAACCAGAUACAAACACUCUGAUCCAAAACUACAAAAGUUAAUGCAACUUUUGACAGCAUUUUUCCGUUCUGGAAAUCCAACUGGAGGAAACUUGAGAAUGAUAUUUCCAUUUCUAAAAUAUAUUUUUCCCAACUAUAUGAAUGAAAUACAAAUAGCUUCUGAACAACUGAACAAUUUUUUUUUGGAAAUUAUAAAUGAACAUGCACAAUCUCUAGAUGAAAAUAAUCCUCGAGAUUUCAUUGAUGUUUAUCUGAUUGAAAUGAAUUCUAAGAAAGGAUCAAAUACAACAUUUGAUGUCCAGACCCUCCAAGUGGUGUGUUCAGACCUCUUCUCAGCUGGAUCAGAAUCAGUUGGGAAUACCCUUGGGUUUGCAUUGCUGUACAUGGUCUUAUACCCAGAGGUUCAAGAAAAAGUUCAUGCUACCAUUGAUGAAAACAUUGGUAGAAAUCAUAAACUGUCAUUGCAAGAUAAAGUCCAUGUUCCAUACGUGGAAGCUGUAAUUCUGGAAGUUAUGCGUUGCAAUACAAUAGCUCCAAUCACUGUGCCACAUAGGGCAAUGAAAGAUACAACAUUGAAUGGAUAUUUCAUCCCUAAGAAUACAACAGUGCUUGUGAGUCUGUGGAACGUUCUUCAAGACAAAGAGCAUUGGGGAGAUCCUUGUAACUUCCGGCCAUCACGCUUCAUUGAUGAAAAUGGGAAAUUAGUCAAGGACAACACUUUCAUCCCAUUUGGACUUGGAAAGCGAUUGUGUCCGGGAGAGGCUCUCGCAAGAAACAAUCUCUUUCUGUUUUUUACAUCAAUAAUGCAAAAGUAUUCAGUACACCUGCCACCUGGUCAUCCUACACCAUCGACUCUAAGCCUCCCUGGCUUUACCACAGCUCCAAAACCAUUUGAAGUAACUUUUAAGAGCAGAUAAAUUUGCAUGUGUAUCAUCAAAAUUAGGUUAUUAUUAUAUAGGUACAAUAGAAUUCUGCAAGAGAUUGUAAAAAUAAUAUUAUCAAAUUAUAAUCUGUGGUAAUACCUGCUGGCACUCUGAAAACUGAAUGAUCUCAAAUGCAGGAAGUAAAUUUUGUGCCAAAGAACAAUGCUGUAACGUUCUAUGGUAUGGAGGCAAUAUAAUAUAAAAUAUGGUGAAUUCUUAACAUAUAUUUUACAUCUGACCAUACUUCAUCCUGCACCAUUGUACACCAAGUUUCACCAUUUCUUGAAGAGGAAUUAUUGAGAAACUGGUAAAGAAAUCUGACAUCGUAUUUAGAAUUUUUUAAGUCAAACUACAAAACUGAUUGCCAGCACUAGAGAACAUACAAUAUCACAAUCUAUUAAAAGAAGAAAUUGAACGGGGAAUUCUAUAAGAUCUGAAACUAUCAACAAAAACCUUAUCCCAAUAAUAAGAUUAUUAUAAUAAGAUAUAAUAAUAGUUUAUAUGAAAAGACUAAAUUAAUCUCAACUGGUACUUUUAUUGAGGUGUUCUGAAGCAUUGAAGAAAUAUUAAUGAAGCAAAAUAUUAAAGUACAUAUCUCAAUGUUAAUGAAAACAUUUUCCUAAUAAUUUUUAUUGAAGAAAUAUGUGAAGAAAUUAACUUAAUUGAAAUUAUAAUAAAUGAAACAGAAAUUCUUUUACAUUAUUGUUUGAAAAGUAGCCAAUUGUUUGGUACUGAUUUAAUACUAUUAAUUUCUACUCACUCUGUACUGCAGAAUUUUAUUAUGACUGAUGUAUUCUGAAUAAAAUCAGUUACCUCUCUCAAAUAAAAAUAUUUUUUUAUUUUUUUAUGGUCUUAAUACAAUUAAUUGUAAUUUGAUUGUAAUUGUUACUAAAGUACACCUUAUAAUACAAGAUGAAUGGCAAUUUUUCCCUGAAACUCAA